CCCAAGUACAAAGCACCACAUAAGGUCACUCCACAGCAUCUUCGCGUAGGACUUCGUUCGAUGGAUAUACACAACCAAAAGCACUGCGAAGAUGAAUACGACGCGCUCACAACAGACCAAUUCGAGUUCCCCAUUCGGAGCACACAGGGCUUCUUGACUGUGACGAUAAGCAGGCAUAUCACCGAAGGGAAACUGCAGGAACUAUGGCGCUUCCAUGUUCUGCAAAUUUAUCACUUGACAUAAAUUACAUGAAUAGAUCCAUACCGUCACGUAAACUGCAAAUGAACCAAAUAUACAGUGAUAAAUGAUAAACGAUAGUUCUUUUUGGCUGCUCAAGUUAGGCUGAGUUGUCGUUGACACGCUUGCGUUCGCGCUAAGAAAACGAGCUUG